GGCCGCAUCUCCUUUUUCGGUGGGGGUUACUGCAUCUCCAAGUUUGGCGUGGAAGCCUUCUCCGACAGUCUCCGGGUUGAGAUGCGCAGCUUCGGGGUGAAGGUCAGUGUGAUCGAGCCAGGCUACUUCAAGACAGCGAUCGUCAGCACCGAGAAGCUGGAGAAAAGUUUUCUUUCCAUCUGGGAGAAGCUCCCAGAGGAAACCAAAGCAAGUUACGGGGAGAAUUACGUGAAGGAGUUUUUGGCAGGACUCAGGAAGAUGACGAAGAAUUGCAAGUCCAACCUGACGCUGGUCACAGACUGCAUGGAUCAUGCGCUGACCAGCCGCUACCCCCGCACCCGCUACGCUGUGGGCUGGGAUGCCAAGCUGCUCUGCAUCCCCCUCAGCUACCUGCCGUCAGCCCUCGUGGAUCUCGUCGUCUCCUGGCACCACCCCAAACCUGCCCAGAAAGCCUAA